AUGCCGCCCGAACUCAUCCCAUCAGAUGAAGAAUACGCAUCAUCAGAAGAUGAGGACUUUGCACCAGAUACUGCUCCAGCACAAGAUGAAUCCUCAGAGUCAGAAGCUGAAGAUGAGGAUUCAACAGCUGUCACGAGUAAAUCCAAGAAAAAGACUACGAAAAGAAAGAGAGGCGAUGAUGAGGAAGCGGAAGAUGCGGGGUUUGAAAAUUCGGGUGAUGAAGCUAUUAUUGAGAAAGGCUUGAAGAGGCGGAAGAAGAAGAGUAGGAAGGGUGGGAAAGAAGAGGAAGAUGAGGGUGGUGAGGGAGGUUUAGUUAAGACGAGGAGUAUGCGCGCUCAAGAAAAAGUUGAGAAGAAACCCCUGGCAGAUACAAAAGCCGCAACAGUAGAUGUAGACGCCUUAUGGGCAACCAUGAUAUCCGGCAAACCCAUCUCAUCCAGUACCACCGAACCUAAACCCUCCUCGCAAACCGCAAACACAUCUACAAGUCCAAGUGAUGGAAGAAAAUCUCCAGAACUCCAUGGAGGAUCCAGAGACCGCAGUAAUUUCAACGACGGACCUGAUUCAAUGGUUAUGAUAAAACGCACCUACAAUUUCGCCGGAAAAGUCAUCACGGAACAAAAACUCGUUCCCAAAGAUUCCGCAGAAGCAAAACUCUUUCUCGCAUCUCAAGAAUCUGCUGCGGGGAAAGGAGAGGGAGGAAAAGAAGAAGAACUCUUCGUCAAACCCAAACGCGGUCUCAAGAAAGCUCGACGCUCAAUCUUUGAACCGGUGGUGGAAAAUCCCAUGCCGCAAAGAACGGAUCUAUAUUUUGGACAAGCGGCCGUAGCGAGGAAUUUGACCAAUAGUGCGGGUGCGAUGGGUAAAGAGGCGAAGAAAUUAAAUACGGUAGAGAAGAGUGCGAUGGAUUGGGCUGGGUUUGUGGAUAAAGAGGGUUAUAAGGAUGAAUUGGAUGCAGCUGGGAAGAAGAAGGGAGCAUAUGGAGAGAGACAAGCUUUCUUGGCGAGAGUGGAAGCCAAGAAGGUGGAGGAUGAGAGGAGGGCGAGAGGAUUACCUGUUUAA